CAUCUUCAUGGCUGCAGCAUGGCUGGUCAACGGCCCCAGUCACCCUCGCUAAGCCUAGCUUUGCCUAGACCUCCACUCAGAAGCACACAAGAUUCAAGCCUCAGUCGAGCCCCUUGCUUAUGAGCUGUUUGCUGUUGGACCAUCUCUCCAUCUGCAUGGCACUCGGUGCCGAUCUACAGUCACCAGUCACACAUACGCUCUCGGCAAUCACCUGCCACCUAACGACGCGCAACGCGUGCCUUUGGAGGUGCAAAGACACGCAUACAUCCCAUCUUGCAACAAGCACACCGUCCGUUCGUACGCCCAUCAGGCACCUCAUGGGCAUCACAAUGGAGUGCUCUUCUUUGGGCCAGACAAUGCCGUGUCGUGCUGGCGUACUUUGACUGGAUGGCCCGCAUGCGCUGGACGCGGAGAUCACGAGACCAGCAGGCCGAAACUGGGGUCGCCAUCUCUCGAACCGAGGCAGAUCGGCAAAAUGAGGUGACGGAUCAGGC